CCGCCACACGCCGUCAUUGGCGACAACCACCCAAUCCACUCGACAAGCCACGCCAAAGCAAUGGCAGGACGCACACAAUUCCGACCUGGACAUACGGCUGGACCGACAGACGGAUCGCGGACGAUCACAAUCCAUGAUGUACCGACGGGAGAGCAGGGAGGAUCGUCCGAUGAAGCUGGCUCGAGUAGCGGGCGAGGAGGAGCUGGGGUCCUACGGCUGCGCGGAGCAGCUAAUCCGUCAAGGAGGGUCGUGUGGCAGGAGGGCACCGUUGAUAACGAAGGCAUGGGCAGGAAAAAGAGCAAGAUCUGCUGCAUCUACCAUAAACCGAAAGCUUUCGAUGAAUCGUCUGACGAGGAUUCCUCAUCCUCAUCAGCAGGCUCUGGCGAUUCUGAUGAAGAUUCAGACUCGUCCUCUUAUUCCUCGAGUCGCUCGAGCACCGAGAGCGCCGAGGGCGUGAAUGCAACAAAAGCAUUACGUGAGAGACGUGCAGCAUCGAAGAAGAGCAAGGAGCCUAACGAUGCUCGCAAGGAGGAGGCGUGCAGGCAUGAGCACGGACACGAACACAAUCAAAAAGCCAGGAAGGGCAAACGGAGAGUCAAAAGCAGAGGCUCUAAUACCAUGGUCGUGACAGAAACGAGGACCGAGGAGAGCGAAGAAGCCGAUCCCGAUCCAGUGCCGAACGCCUAUGAGAGAGGCCCCGCAUAGUCACCUUACCUUGCCUAUCAUCAUUGUACUUCUAUAAUUAGCAAUUGACUCCCCU